AUGGAUUGUAGAGCAGAAGACUACGAGAAGUCCUUUGUUGAAAAAUACUUGGAAAGAACGGCGGCAGAGAAGAUUGACGAGCUUUUAAGAAAGAUAGAGAUGCACAAAAGAAAGGGAGACGUAGAGAAAGUGAAAGAGCUGGAGAAAGAGAUAGAGGAAGUGAAAAAAGGACUGGUAGAUGAUAAGUCGAUUGUGUUGAGAGUAGAAGACAGAAAAGAGGAUGCUGGAAGUAAUGAGGCCAUUGAUUUUGAAUGGUCUGGGUCUGAUGAUGAUGAAAAUAUUGAGGUGUUUAAUUCUAGAUGCGAAAAAGCAAUAGGGAAGUAUUGUAGGCAUAUGGGAAUUGGAAGGCAUGAAUUUGAGAGCCAUUUGAAGAAAGAGAGUCAUACACGCCAAGGGUUUUUGGUUGCCAACUUCCUUUGGGAUACACUUUUUGAGUAUCAGCAGGUUGGAGUGGAAUGGAUGCUAAGACUGUAUAAGGAUGGAAAGGGUGGGGUUCUGGCAGAUGACAUGGGAUUAGGGAAGACCAUCCAAAUGAUUGCGUUUCUAGCAAUUCUUUUCCAAAGUAAGUCUAUUUCGAAAGUACUGAUACUAUGCCCUGCCACUAUAGUUUCACAAUGGACUCUUGAGUGGAAGAGGUUCUAUCCAUUUGUGAGAGUAUUCUUUGGAUUUUCAGGGAGGAACUGUGAAGGAGUCUAUCUGAUGUCAUAUGAGAGAUUCAAAGUAAGAGCAAAGGAUCUAUUAUGGGAUGUUUUAGUUUUGGAUGAGGGCCAUAAGAUUAAGAAUAGAAAUGCACAGAUAACUCUUUCUGUAAAGAAGGUAAGGGCAAAGAGUAAGUUUGUUCUUUCCGGAACUCCUAUCCAAAACAACCUCGGGGAGCUGUGGUCUAUGUUUGAUUUUGUCAAUCCAGGGCUUCUAGGGUCCCACACUUCUUUUCAUGAAGAGUUUGAAGAAGUGAUACGUCGGGGAGGAUACAAGAGUGCUACCAACCUUCAAGUGGAAAAGGCCUACAAGCACAGCUUGAUGCUAAGAUCACUAAUAGAGCCAUAUAUACUGAGAAGAACAAAGUCACAGAUUUCUCAUAAGCUUCCAUCGAAAGAGGAUAAGAUAGUGUUCUGCACAUUAACACCGGUUCAGAUUGAGCUUUACAAUAGGGUUCUGAGUCUAAGCAUGUAA